AUAUUUUAUAAUGCGAAUAACUGCCAUCAUUAUUCCAGCCUGCCUGAUUCCAUGUUUAGUAUCAAACACUGAAGCAUCCUUAAAAGUCUACACGCAGGAAUGCAUAUCAAAGGCAGACUAUUCGUCAUGUGAAAUGUUCAACUCAUGUUGUGAUUUUCGAUGUAGUCGUGCUCGGCAGAAGAGAUCAACGUGUACAAUAAACGGAACGGGAAUCAGCGAAGUUCAAACUGAGUGCAUUUGCUCUAAACCAAUACAACAAUUCGAAGUUGCCUACACGAGAAAAACUAAACACUCAAGAUUGGACCUCAUCGCCGGAAUACUAUUCAUUUUUGUCCUUGAUAUGCUUUUGCUCAGCUUCACUUUCUAAAUCUUUUUAAAUUCGAUCUCAUAAAUCUUUUUUUUCAA